AUGCCAAAUUGGCCACCACCAAAUCCUGAAAUACAACAUUUGUUGCGCAAGCUUUCAAAUGGAUCUGUUGGUCAUCCCCUGGGUUCUCUUUGGCAAGCUUUUGACCCAAUUAAGACUGAUGAUAAAAAACCUAAAGCUCACUGCAUAUUUUCUUACCUUAUUAAUGCUCAUAACUGUCAACAAAAGUUAGUUCCAAUUAUUGAACGUAAUCAGCAUCAAGAUAAUUCUUAUUCAUCAGAUGGAUCGAUUGUACCUUUUAUGUCAGUUUCAAAUUGUGAUUCUGUUUCAACUUUUUCUGAUAAUAAUAUGAGUGAAAACAAUAAUGUUUUUAAAAAUACAAGUCAGAUACCUACACAAUUACCAAUAGAUGUAUGCAGAUCUAAUCGACUAUUAUUAGAAGGUAUUAUAGAAGGCAGAGCACCUCUUUCACUUUAUCAUGUUCCUGCAAGAAAACAACUUUUUACAAAUAUUCUCAAUGAUGUUUAUAAAAAUGUUCAAACCUCAAUUCAACAAUUUAUUAAUAUGUCUAAUUGGAUUACUAUCAUGAUGGAUGGAUGGACAAAUAUUCAACAGGAUUAUCUUGUGAAUUUUAUUGCUAUUGGAAAGGAUCGAAGAUCAGAGCUUAUUAAAAUUAAGGACACAUUAGGAGAAAGCCAAACAUUAAUUACUAUAUUUAAAGAUCUAGAAGAAGUUUUAAUGCAAAUUGGAAUUAAACGAAUUAAUGCAGUUAUUACAGAUAGUGCUGCAAGUUAUGUUCAUAUGAAAAUUAUACUUGUACAACAAUAUCCUAAAAUUAUAGUUUUACCAUGUAUUGCAUAUGAAUCAAAUCUUUUGUUUGGUGAUAUGUUGAAACAUAUAUAUAUGAAGUCAAUUAUAAGUUCUGCUGUUAAAAUUAUUGCUCAAACACAAAUAAAUACCAAUAUGAUUAAUGAUAAAGAUUUUCAACUUUAUGUUAAUACACUACUCGAAGUCUACACACAAAAUAUAAAGGAUGAUAGUACAGGAGCGUACACCCUUGUCUCAAAUAAACGUAGCUUGGAACAAACAAACACGGAAAAAAAUCAUUAUAAAAGAGUUAAAACACACUUAAAAAGACCCGAAGUUAGAUCAAAGGAAAUUUAUAACUACACAAAGACAGAGAUACCUCGAGAGAAAUCAAGCUUCACAGAAGCAGUCUUCUCAACACACAAAUCGGAAAGUACCUUAUUCACAAAUGAUUUAAGCUCGAAUACUUCCUCAAGAAUACAAGGUCGUGAGGAAAACUCUACGGGCAAUAGCUUAGAAAGUUCUAGAAAGAUUCUGGAAACUGGAUCAAAUGAUGACAUAUCUGAUAAUUAA